CGUUCGGUCGGCCGCAGUCCGUUUCCGUGUGCCGAAGCAGCAAGUUGUGCGACCUCUUCUCUCUCUCUGGAACAACGAUCCAGGCCAGCUAGCCAGCCAGCAGCAGCAGUAGCACAGUUUUAUAAUAUUUGAUUAAGUGAAACUCAGUAACAGUUCGUGCAAAAAUGGCCUCCGGAGUGACCGUGUCCGACGUGUGCAAAACCACAUACGAGGAGAUCAAAAAAGACAAAAAGCAUCGCUACGUCAUAUUCUACAUCCGCGACGAGAAGCAGAUCGACGUGGAGGUGAUCGGCGACCGCAACGCCGAGUACGACUCCUUCCUCGAGGACAUCCAGAAGGGUGGACCGGGCGAGUGCCGAUAUGGACUGUUCGACUUUGAGUACAUGCACCAGUGCCAAGGCACCUCGGAGAGUUCCAAGAAGCAGAAGCUGUUCCUGAUGUCCUGGUGUCCAGAUACCGCCAAGGUCAAGAAGAAGAUGUUGUACUCCAGCUCGUUCGAUGCCCUGAAGAAGUCGCUUGUCGGCGUCCAGAAGUACAUUCAGGCUACCGAUCUCUCUGAAGCAUCACGGGAAGCUGUCGAGGAGAAGCUGCGCGCCACUGAUCGUCAAUAAGAUUAUCCUUACUUAAGAUUACGCACACUUGAAAACAACAACAGCAACAAGCCCAACACAACAUACAGACACACACACACACACACACUUACAUAUACACACUUUACUACAACAACACAUACAUAACAGUAAACUGCAGGAAGUGUAAACGUGCAUUCAGAGAGUAAAGAUUACAUUUGAUAAAAACAAAAAACACACACACAAUAACAACGUAAGUGAGAGAGAAGAACGAGCAAGAAAGAAAAAAACGCAACCAUUAGAAAGCAAAAGAAUAAUACUGGAAACCCUUUAAGAUGAAAUAAAAACACUAAGGAUACAAUGAAAACCUAAAAAAAAAACAACACAAAAACUGUAAUGGAUUUAGUGCGAGAGAACGAGAUUGAAGCGAGUGUCUGCCAAUCAGGAACAACAAACCCCUACACCAUCUCUUCCCUUUAUUUUUUUUUCGUAAUUUCUCCGUUGUCUUGGGCGAGUCAAACAAGUAAUCGAAACAGCAAACAAACGCAAUUUUGUGUGCGCAACAGCAACUCAGUCAGCCAGCCAGAAGCGAGCGCACUGCCGACAAGGUUAGAGCGGGAACAAAAGUGGGAACGGGCGGGUGUCGCGACCUUGGGCGGGAAAGCGCGUCACGUCUCCGGGAGCAUUUAUCUUGUCCACUCGAAGCGGUCCACCUUUCCGCCACCUUGCUCAACCUGCCACGUUCUUCGUGUCCUUCCCCUAGCCGUCGUCGGCAGUGUGUCGUAUGUGUGCGCGGUCAUCAUCAGGAAGAGAAAAGAUUGAAAUACUGAAAUUUAAAAACAAACGAACAAUCGUAUUACAGUUAUGAUUAAUUUAAAUUAAAACAAUAAAAUACUAAUAAAGAA